AUGUCGAGGAAAACCCCAAAAAAAUUUGCUAUACAAGAUUCUGGGCUAUCAAAUUACACAACCAAAUUAAUGAACAACCAUCUGAUCUCACAUCCGCAACCUCGACCUGAUAUCUAUCUCCUGCGAUCAUUUUGUGCUAGCAUGGGUGUUGUGGAGAAAAAACCAAAGCUUUAA